AUGGCACAGGCGGAGAAAAAUCUGCAACCUAUGGAUACAAUUCCAGUUGACAUGUUGAUCGAGAUCUUCAUAAAGUUGCCCGCAAAAUCUUUAGCCAAGUUCGUUUGCGUAUCGAAGUUAUGGACCAAAAUCAUCCGCGGUCAAGAUUUUAUCAGAGCCUUCUCGUUUCAUUCACCCCUACAGAAUAAGCAUCUACAGCCUAGCCUCCUAUUGGCUUUCAAAGACCAAGUAAAAGGUUAUCAAGAACAUUGGUACUUUUUCUCCAAAACAACUCCACUGUAUGAGCAAAACUCACUGGUUCAAAACAUUAAUGAAGUUGUAAACGAGGAACCUAAACCUAAAGCAUCUGAUUUUGUAUCAAGUAUGGUAUGUCACUUGAAGGAAAUGCGAUACCAAAAACCUAGCUACGUCCAUGGGUUGAUUAGCUUUUUAUAUGGGCAAGAACAAGUCAUAUGUAAUCCCAGCAUAGGUAAGUCUAUAACCUUACCCGCUAUGGAAUCAAGUGAAAAAAUCAUUAGAAGCUUUCUUGGAUAUGAACCAAUCCAUGCACAACAUAAAGUGUUGUGUUUGACCAUUGCUAAACCGUUUUGUGGACUUAAGGUUCUCACAUUGGGAACUCAGAAUUGUUCAUGGAGAAUGGUCCAAUGUAGCACUCCUCACUAUCCUGGAACCAUCUAUGUGUGCAUAGAAGGUGUUUUAUAUUACAGUGCUUCCACUAGUAAUUGGACCGUAGAUGAGACACUCUUGGUGAGAUUUGAUUUGGUGUCUGAAAGUUUGGAGAUUGUGUCUGUAUAUCCGGAGGGCCUUAAAUCGUUGAAUGAAACUAGUUUAAUAAACUACCAUGGAAAAGUAGCUGUUGUCUCUAGAUUAUUCCCUAAUUAUCACGAUUUCAAUUUGUGGGUUUUAGAGGACGUCAAGAAACAACUAUGGUCAAAAGAACAACACAUAUCUAUUGAUACUGGUGUUACUUGUAAAUUCUAUGAACGUUUAGAAAUCUCGGGAACUUCUGAUAUGGGAGAGAUUAUCUUUGCACCCAAUAAGUUUGAAGAUUUUGUUGUAAUUUACUUCUUGGAUCUCAAACGCAGCAAGGUUAGAAGUGCUAAGCUCGAAGGAAACACCAAGCAUAAGUUUUGUGGUUUUUAUAAAGUAUUUACUUUCUUGCAUUACAUAGAGAGUGUUAUGUUAAUUUAG